GUGUGGCUAUCUCACAGUUUAAGAGACUGCAAACUGUAUGUCUUCAUUCUGUUGAGUUGGAAAAGGAAUUUGUCUGCAAGCUUGGGAGGAGACAGUUAAUACUCAGGCUAUGAAGGAUUACGAUGAGUCCACUGCUUUUCUGGGUCAGUGGGGACGUUUCCAGCAGGUUGUCUUCUUCCUGCUCUGUGCCAGCAUCGUGCCCAAUGGAGUUGGCGUUUUCUCUGUUGUCUUUCUGACAGACAUUCCCAGACACCACUGCCUGAUUCCUGAGGAAAACCUGACUCAAGAUUGGCGCGAUGCAAUAAUCCCGAUAGAGGUUUGGGAGGAAGGAGGUUGUUUUCAUCUCUCUCGUGGCCCAGAGUGUGGCAGUCAUGCUUCAGUCCUUCUCUCAUUCAUGGCAGAUGUUCUGCAUCAUGUUCCUCUUUGUCGGAGCUUCCCAGAUUUCCCUCUAUAUUUCUGCGUUUGUGCUAGGAACGGAGGUUUUCAGUAA